AUGAGUUUCAAGAUCAAGGAAGAAAUUAGAUGUGCUGGAGGUAAAUUGCUGAAAGUGAUGCACUCGUCAAAGGCUACGGGGACAUCAAUGGAUGUUAACCUAUAUUUGCCACAACAAUACUACGAUGGUACUGCUAAGGGUAAAAUUCCUAGUUUGUACUUCUUAUCUGGUUUAACAUGUACCCCAAACAAUGCCUCUGAAAAGGCAUUUUGGCAUAGAGAAGCCGAUAAGUAUGGGUUUGCUAUGGUAUUUCCUGACACAUCACCAAGAGGUCCCAAUGUUCCAACUGAUCCACAAGGUGGAUGGGAUUUUGCUGUUGGUGCUGGAUUUUAUGUUAAUGCUACUCAGCCACCUUACAAUACAAACUUCAACAUGUACCAAUAUGUUCAUUCUGAAUUGCCAACUGCUUUAACUGAAUUCUUUAGUUCCGGUACUAGACCAACAGGCGUUGGCUCUAUUGAUUUCCUCGAGAAUGUUUCAAUUACAGGACACUCUAUGGGUGGGUUUGGUGCUGUUGCAGGUUUCUUAAAGAAUAUCAAUAAAUACAAGUCAUGUUCUGCUUUUGCUCCAAUUAUUGAUCCAACUACUACCCCAUGGGGCGUAAAGGCAUUCACUGGAUAUUUAGGUGAGGAUAAAUCUGCUUGGAAACAAUAUGAUCCCUGUGAAUUGAUUAACAAUGUUCCAUACGUUUCAGGUAAAGAGAUUCUAAUCCAUUACGGUACAGAUGACCAAUGGAAGGAACAAUAUUUGAGACCAGAAAACUUCAUGAAAUUGGUGCCUCAAAGUUUGUGGGCUAACCAUAUCAAUGUCAAGAUGGCUGAGGGAUUCGAUCACUCUUAUUAUUUUGUGUCUACUUUCGUCCCAGAGCAUGCGGAGUUCCACGCCAAACACCUUGGGUUGAUCUAA